AUGUUGUGUACCCCCUGUGUGAAAGGAUGGGAUGGCACGUGGAGGAGUCUCGCUAAAUGCCGUGGAAGCUUUUCAGGAAGGAGAGAAGCGGAACGGUCAUUGGAUGUGGUGCAGGCCACUCUCUUUCAACCUCUCAACAAUGUCUCAGUUCCAGGGAGGAAGACCUGGGGGGAAUGUGCCCAGUCCCCAGGAGCACAAGCUGUCCUGGCCAUGUUUGUCCACCGAACUACAACUCACACUCCACAGGUCCUGGAGCCCGAGAAAGACCCCCACAGGGAGCUCCCAGCCACGCACAGGUCCUGGGCCCCGACGAGCCAGCCAUCACCACUUCACAGCAUAAAGCCCAACAAUGCUGCAAAACCUACCCUGGUAAAGAGGGAGAGAAGAAACCAGGCUUUGGCAAGAGAGGCACUGUGGUUUCCCCAGAGGACACAGUGGAAGACUUCCAAAGGGCCAGGUUCCUCCUCAGGGCAAGGGGGCUGUGCUGACCCGGCUGGGACCGAGCUUGGGAGGAGCAGGUGCGGCUGGAGGCCCUGCAGGGUCGCGGCUGAGUCAGGAGUUUUAAAUCUGGACAGGAGUUCUGGGCCUGUCAUCGUCCUCAUGGUGAGAGGCCUGGAACCUGAGGCCAGGAGGCCGCGGGAGGCUGGGAUGGAGCCGGGGGAGGCUGAGGUGAGCCCGGCCUGCCUGAGGUCUGCACUGGGGCCUCACUGCCCUGUCUGCCCUCCUCCUGACAGUCAGGGGUGUUGAUUAGCAGAAAACCCAGUUAGAGAUGAAAAAUGGUGGCAAAUAUGAAAAAUGGCACAGUCAUCCCUUGAUGUCCCUGGGGGACUUGUCCCAGAACCUCGAAUAUGGGACCAGUCCCCACACAGUCUCUGCAGCCAGGAGGACUCGCCACGUGCAAACUACUGGCUUUAUAAAUGGACCCGUGUAGUUUAAACCCGGAUUGCUUGAGGGUCAGCUGUAAUAACAGUUAUUGCUCGAUUAAACGAGUUAAAAUUUUAUAGAUGUUAAAAGUGGCUUAAAGAAAGAUAAAAUCAUGUUAAAAUACAGUGAAGGUUGAGUAUAGGCCCCAAAUAAUUGAAAUCAGGAUAUCGAAGAAGUACCUAUACCCCCAUCUUCACAGCAGCUUGAUUCACAAAAGCCAAAAGGUAGACACCACCUAAGUGUCUAUCCAGGACAGAAUGAACCCACACAACGUGGUCCGUCCUACAGUGGAAAAUUAUUCAGCUUUGAACAAGGAAGGAAAAUCUGACCCAGGCUACACCAUGGAUGAAUCUUGGGGACGUCGUACCCAGUAAAGACAAUCAUGCAUGAGUCUUACUCACAGGAGGUCCCUGGAGUCCACAGGUCCAUAGAGACAGAAAGCAGGUGGGGUGCCGGGGGCCGGGGCUGGGGAGCGAGUGUUCCACG